GCUGAGGAGGAGCCGCCGCUGCCGUCGCCGUCGCCGCCGCCGCCGCCACCGCUACCGAGGCCGAGCGGAGCCGUUAGCGCCGAGCCGCCGCCGCCGCCCGCCCCGGAGCAGCCCCGGGCCCGCCCGCCCGCGUCCAGAUUUUUUAAAAAUACGAUGUCUAAUGGUUAUGAAGACCACAUGGCCGAAGACUGCAGGGAUGACAUCGGGAGAACGAAUUUAAUUGUCAACUACCUCCCUCAGAACAUGACCCAGGAUGAGUUACGAAGUCUCUUCAGCAGUAUUGGGGAAGUUGAAUCUGCAAAGCUUAUUCGGGACAAAGUGGCAGGACACAGCUUGGGCUAUGGCUUUGUGAACUACGUGACUGCAAAGGACGCCGAGAGAGCGGUAAACACGCUGAACGGCCUGCGGCUCCAGUCAAAGACCAUUAAGGUGUCGUACGCUCGCCCAAGCUCAGAGGUCAUCAAAGACGCCAACUUGUACAUCAGCGGACUCCCGAGGACCAUGACCCAGAAGGACGUGGAGGACAUGUUCUCUCGGUUCGGGCGCAUCAUCAACUCCCGGGUCCUUGUGGAUCAGACCACAGGUUUGUCCAGAGGGGUUGCGUUUAUCCGGUUUGACAAACGGUCGGAAGCGGAAGAGGCAAUUACCAGUUUCAAUGGUCAUAAACCCCCAGGUUCCUCCGAGCCCAUUACAGUGAAGUUUGCCGCCAACCCCAACCAGAACAAAAACGUGGCGCUGCUCUCCCAGCUCUACCACUCGCCGGCCAGACGGUUCGGAGGCCCCGUCCAUCACCAGGCGCAGAGAUUCAGGUUCUCCCCUAUGGGUGUAGAUCACAUGAGCGGGCUUUCUGGGGUCAAUGUCCCAGGCAACGCUUCCUCGGGCUGGUGCAUCUUCAUCUACAACCUCGGCCAGGAUGCCGAUGAGGGGAUCCUUUGGCAGAUGUUCGGCCCCUUUGGCGCCGUCACUAACGUGAAAGUGAUUCGCGACUUCAACACCAACAAGUGCAAAGGCUUUGGCUUUGUGACCAUGACAAACUAUGAAGAAGCCGCGAUGGCCAUAGCAAGUCUGAACGGCUACCGCCUGGGGGACAAAAUCUUACAGGUUUCCUUCAAAACCAACAAGUCCCACAAAUAACUCGCUCAUGCUUUUUUUUGUACGGAGUAGCUAAUUAAGAGUGAAGAAGUUGAACCUUUUUUGUUAGUGUACAACUCAUUUUGCGCCAAUUCUCACAAGUGUUUGUCUUAGUCUAAAUGAGAAGUGAAAAGGUUUUUAUACUCUGGGAUGCAACCGACAUGUUCAAAUGUUUGAAAUCCCACCAUGUUAGACCAAUUUUAAGUUUCUUAAGUUAUUUCCUUUAAAAUAUAUAUUAAACAGAAAUCUAAGUAGACUGUUGACUAGCCAGUCCCUCGGGAUGGUGGUGAAACUGAAGCAUGCUUUAACUUCUGAGACUGUCUAACACCCGUUUCAUUCGCUCUCGCCACAAACUGGACACAAAAAACCAAACGAAAUGAUCUUUUAGUUCUAGUUUGAGUUUUGAGACUAAAGCCGUUAGACAGAUGCUGGGUGUGCGUUCCACCGCUUCACCAUUUUAAGCGAUUUCUGCUUUGGUUGACAGGAAAUGGCUCUCCCAAGCAGGUUCCAUUGCCACCUCCUGCCCACUCAGCCCCCCGGGCUCUGCCCAGUGGUCCUGGCAGCGGCAGCGGGCCCGACCGACGUGGGCCACCACCGGGGAGGGGGCCCACACGCCGGGCUGGGCCGGGCCCUCCAGAGAAGGACACGAACGUAUUUUGUAAGCCCAGGCGCCAAUGGGAAUGGACCAAAGAGUUUCAGGGAAACUCCAGUAUAUUCCAGAGUCAGAUCUAAGCCGCAGGCACGCCUGAAGACGGGUUGCCACUGUGCCACCCGAAUUCCUGUCCACACACUGCAUGCACGGUGCCACACACAUCAGAUAACUGUGGUUCACGAUCCUCUCUCCAGUUUCCCAGAGCAUCGAACACGGCUCGAAUGCGUUCAGAUCGCUCUAUUUUUUAAGAACCCGGAAACAUUUGAGCAUUGUAUCUCUCGCAUCCCUUCUCGUGAGCGCUAGACCUUUUUCUACUUUAGCCAGACUCUGUUUGGAAUCUCCGCUUUCGUAUGAACACUCAGCAGAAAAGUACUUACUUCUUGCCAGUAUCUAUUAACUAAAAAGCCUUUGAUUUGUAGUUUUAAAGAUUAACCCUGCAAGUUCUCUUCAUAACUGCCUUGACAUUUGGGGUUGUUCUGUUCUGUUAAUUUUCUUUUGCUUUUUUGUGUUUUUUGUUUGUUUUUACUCUUGCAUUUAAGACCAUUAAAUUUGAUUUUGUUUUGCUCAAA